GUGGCUCGACAAACUAGUAGGGUUUGUAGGGUGGAUCAUCAAACUGUCGCCUCUCCCCUCCCUCUCUCCAGUUUCAGUUCAGUCAAAUCAUCACAGUGGCAUCACUGGCAGCUAGCGGUACAUACGUAUUUUGAUAAGAGAGAGAUUAUCGUCUGCUGUGGUCGCUUUGUAAGCUCCGGAGAGACGGGAACCUCUGGGAGAGUCGUCGCCUAACCUGAAUUAGCUAACGUACCGAACUGCGGCGUGUCCGAAAACACAGAAAUGGACGAAAAGGCAUUCACGAAAGAGCUGGAUCAGUGGAUCGAGCAGCUCAACGAAUGCAAGCAGCUGUCCGAGGGACAAGUAAAAACACUAUGUGAAAAGGCAAAGGAGAUCCUGACAAAGGAGUCAAAUGUUCAGGAGGUGAGAUGUCCGGUGACUGUGUGCGGUGAUGUGCACGGCCAGUUCCAUGACCUCAUGGAGCUGUUCAAGAUCGGAGGGAAGUCUCCAGACACAAAUUACUUGUUCAUGGGAGAUUAUGUGGACAGAGGGUACUACUCCGUAGAAACCGUCACUUUACUAGUAGCACUAAAAGUACGCUUCCGGGAGCGCAUCACAAUCCUCAGAGGGAACCACGAGAGCAGACAGAUCACACAGGUGUACGGCUUCUAUGAUGAGUGCCUAAGGAAAUAUGGUAACGCCAACGUUUGGAAGUACUUCACAGACCUGUUCGAUUACCUCCCACUCACUGCCUUGGUAGACUCUCAGAUUUUCUGCCUUCAUGGAGGCCUGUCACCAUCCAUAGAUACAUUGGAUCACAUUAGGGCAUUGGACCGUUUACAGGAAGUGCCACAUGAGGGUCCCAUGUGUGACCUGCUGUGGUCAGACCCUGAUGACCGUGGUGGCUGGGGCAUCUCUCCGCGAGGAGCUGGCUACACUUUUGGUCAGGACAUUUCUGAGACUUUCAACCACGCCAACCGCCUCACACUGGUGUCCCGUGCCCACCAGCUGGUUAUGGAGGGUUACAACUGGUGCCACGAGAGGAACGUAGUGACAAUAUUUAGCGCUCCCAACUACUGCUACCGCUGCGGCAACCAGGCAGCGAUCAUGGAACUAGACGACACCCUCAAAUACUCUUUCUUGCAGUUUGAUCCAGCACCUCGCAGAGGGGAGCCUCAUGUCACUCGCCGCACCCCAGACUACUUCUUGUAAACUCUGCCUUCCGUUGACCCUUGUACAGUCCAGUAUUGCCAUGAUAUGAUGUUCAACUGAUUACAACAUGAGCUGGGAUGGUGCGAGACUGAGGGUGGGGGCGGGGCACAGCAGUACACAUUGUAUAUCCACACACACAUACAAGAAAAACUAUUUAAGCAUUUAGCAAAAACAAUGUCUGUGUCUAAGGAUGGACCAAAAGGUGUGUGUGCCAUAGUCAUAACAGUAUACAUUGCUGAGGACUUGUAUUGCAAAUCUUGCAACUAUAUGAACACCCCCCCCCCCCCCCUUCCAAUAAAACAAAACCAAACAAAAAAAAA